AUGAUUGCUGCUCUAGCUUUGGUGCCGGAGGACGACGUCGCCCUAGCAUUCGAUGCUCUGGAAAAGAAUAUUCCGCAAAAUCUCCUUCCUGUCCUAGAUUACUUCGAGGAUAACUUCAUCGGCCGAAGGACCGGACAAGGCAGACGAGACCCACGGUUCCCCAUAGCGAUAUGGAACCACCAUCAAUCGGCUCUGAGCUGCGACCCGAAGACGACUAACAGCCUGGAAGGCUGGCAUCGCGGUUUCCAGACGCAUGUUCAGUGCUCCCACCCGACUAUCUGGAAGUUCCUCGGCGUUCUCCACAAGGAAGACGCAAUGAAUUUACAUCGGUUGGAACUCCUGGUAAUGGGCCACCGCGAACGACAGCCAAAAAAAUACAGAGACUGUGCACAAAGACUGAAGACGCUGGCUGCGAACUACGACCAGACGCAGCUGUUGCGUUAUCUGAAAGGAGUUGCCUACAAUAUCACCGUAUAA